AUGUCAGGACAAGCAGGUGGCGAGACCGUCAAUCUCGACAGCCUGAGCGCUCAGCAGCUCAGCCAGGUCAAGAAGCAGCUAGACGAGGAGCUCGAGCACCUGACGUCGUCCUUUACACAGCUGCACGCCGCCCAGUCGAAGUUUCGCGAGUGCCUGCGCUGCGUGCAAAGCGGCAAGUCUCCCGCUCUCCAAGAGAACAAGUCCAUCCUCGUGCCCCUGACAAACUCCCUCUACGUCCGAGGAAACCUGUCGAGUGCCUCCCACGUCAUCGUCGACGUCGGUACCGGCUUCUACGUCGAGAAGGACAUCAAGUCAGCCUCCGAAUUCUACAACGCCAAGGUCAACGAACUGGCGGACAACAUCAAGGACCUAGAGGCCAUCAUCCAGCAAAAGACCAACAAUGUUCGUCUCAUAGAAGAAGUCCUCAGACAGAAGAUGGCCAACGGUCCUCAGCCACAGUCCCAGCAGGCAUGA